UAAUUAUACUAAUUAGUGAAUUAGUAGGUUAUUAAUAGCGUCUUCGCGUUGUUAAUUAUCAUACAAAUCGAUCACUGUCUAUCAUACAAAUCGAUCGGCUGUCCCGGCAUCGCGAUCGCGAUCGCGCGCGAUAUCGAUAUAUAUGUCUCGUUGGCCGCGAAUUUUCGCUGUCCCAAAAAUGCGCGGUCACGUGACGCGUGACGUCACAGCUCCGGUUCGAGCUGACAGUUCGCGCGCGCGAGUUUACGCGGGAAAAUCGUGAGUGCAAGUGUCUCCUGCAGGAAAAAUGGUGCCAGCGAGAACUCCUGAAUACCGCCGGGAUCGGAGAAGAAGAGUAGUCGAAAUUUUCAGAUGGAGAACCAAGGUUACGAGGAGGAACAUUCGCGCGCCGCAGAAGAACAAUCCACCCUCGAGUUUCGCUAUCGCGAUCGGGAGCCCCAUGACAGGAUCGAUCGAGGCGACGAUCCUCUCGUCGCCAGGAGCACGCCGCAUCCGGAGGGUCACGUGUACGAGGACAUCUCCGGCGAGAAGGUCGCCCCCGAGCUCUCCGAGCGGAUAUCCUUGCCGAACGGGACCCAGGAUCCCCAGAAAUCGGCCGAUUUCGCCAAACAGGCCUGGAUCAAUCGCGCAGGAUCAUCACCGCCGAUAGCGAUUCCCGACGAGUCCUUGGUCCUGCAGACCUUGUCCUCCCCGGCUGAGAUCAGCACAAAUCACGACAGCGGGACCUCGUCCUCCAGGACGAAGGACGAUGACCUUGAAAAGGUCACAAAAAAUCUUGCCGAUCCUCCAGGUCCCCAGGAUCUUCCCGAGAAGGAUGUCCUGGAAAAGGGAAUGUCCUUGUCGGACUCGAAUAAGGACGAUUCGUCCUCGCAUCCUGAUCGGCGCACGAAUCGCAGACGCAGGAAGAAGGACUGCAAGCACUGCAGGAGCAAAUUGGUGGGCGUCGAGAAGCUGGACGAGCUGGCCGGCAGCAAGGAUGAGAUCCUGAAGGAUCCGGAUCUUACGUCGAACCUUCUGUUCCGGGAUUCGCUCUUGAGGCCGCAGAACAUCAAGAUCUACCCGAUCGUGAAAAGGACGAGUCUCGGCGAUAUCGGGGCACCGACUGUGUUCUUCGAGAACGAAUUGAACCUCACGACGGAGAACGCGGCCAAGUUCCUGGGGAACGACAGGAUGCUGGGCCAGGAGAAAAUGUUGCGACCGACCGACAUGAGGAUUAAUUCCAUCUACUCGCAGGAUCGCUGGUACGGCAAGGACUCGCCGAUAUUCUACACCGACGUCAAGGAUCAGAAUCCUUUCCAGAGGGCCUAUUCCCUGCCGGCGCGGACGCACACCCCGACCUCGCAGAAUCGCGUUAAUCUACGUCGAAGUGUCAGAAACGAGCCGCCACCGCAUCCGGCGCGUCUCGACAAGCAUCAUCGCCGUGGCUGGACGCUACACCUGGCUCGUCCCCUGAGGGCAUCCAUAUGCACCAAUCCGCUCGUGCCCCUGCUGAUUAUCCUGCUGAUCCUGCUAGGAGUCGCUGGAGUAGCGUUGUACAUCGUCUUCGAGCCGGAAAAACUUCAGAUCAUUCAGCAGUACCUGAAAUCGUCGGGCAAGUUGACGGAGCAGAACGCAACAUCCGGCGAACCGAAUGACGAGCCCGAUCUGAUCGAAUCGACGUCCAGGAUGAUGACGACGAGCAUCGACGCGUUCAGCAUGGCCGCCUUUUUGAACAGCGACGCGUCAUUUCCGGAGAACGUUUCGUCAUCGACGACGUCGUCCACUUCCGUUUCCGCCACUACGAAUGCGAGCGCUAAUGCAACGAGAUAUUGCGACGAUUGCCUCGAGAACGAGGUGUGCGUCGCCCUCGUCAACGAGGAGGUGCCGAUGUGCAAAAGCCCCCGGGAUCGCGAGGAUCUCACCGGAUGUGCCGGUUUCUGCGUCAUUAAUAAGCAGAAGUGCCAUCGCCUCGACGUAGACGCUUUUAGAUGUGUGGAGAUCGAACACUAUUGUCUGGAAGACGAAUGGACUUGUUCCAACACAUUGUGCAUUCCCUUAAAGAAGCGUUGCGACGGCCACAUGAAUUGUUACGAUCAUUCGGAUGAAUACAAUUGCGACUGCAAUCUGGAGACGCAUUUUCAAUGCGGUAACGAGACCUCCUGCCUUCCGUUGGAGAGGAGAUGCGACGGAAAGAUAGAUUGCUGGGACGCAACCGACGAGAUUAAUUGCACGUUAGGUCGUAAUCUCGAUUGGUCUUGCCCCUUGGACAACCAAUUUACUUGCAAUAAUGGAGAUUGCAUAUUAAAAACUCGCUUUUGCGACGGACUAUCGGACUGUAAGGAUGGAUCGGACGAACCUCACGGGUGCCAAGGUCGAUGCAAUAAACACGAAUUUACAUGCCAAAACGGCAGAUGUAUUACGAAGGGAAUGAAAUGUAACGGAAAUGACGAUUGCGGAGACGGCACGGAUGAGAGACACUGUAAGGAUCGGUUCACUUAGUAUUCGCAUUCGCGGAGGAACAAGACAUUGCCAAUCAAAGAAAAUCAUCAAAUGCAGUAUUUUAUACAGAGAUAAAUGUAAUGUGUAUAUAGUGUGUUAUAUAGGCAAAAAUAUAACGAUAUAUAUAUAUAGA